CUGUAUCAAAGUUGUAUAGCCUAGUGUGAAUUUGUUUUCAAAACUAAAGUGCAAAGUGUGAAAAACCGAAUAGUGAUUGACAAUGGAGCAAUCGAUAAGAGAAAGAGAUCCAUAAACCGAUUGUAUGUUUACCGGGUGCUGGGUGUGUGUUAACGACGUUCCUAACAACGGCACACCAUUACACCGCCUGAUAGUGCCGCAGCACCUAACCUCGAAAGCGCAUUCGGGCGUAACCGAGCAAUGGUUGAGAGUGUAUGAGCACAUAUUAAAUUUCUAAAAAAUACGUUAAAGUGCUUAGAUAAAAUGCAGUGUCUAAUUCCGAAAUGGUCAGAUGUUCGUGUGCUUCCCUUCCGAAUGACUACCUCGCAAAAGGUUGUUUUCUUCUCGCUCACCGCUGGUGUAGCUUUGAUUGGCGUGCUUGCGCGUUUUCUGCGACGCCGAAAACCACCACGUCCGCCCCGUCGAACACGAAAAUAUACAGGGCGUCGCGCGCGAAACAGCAUGCGCAGCCCCAAUGACAUGAUAUCUAUAGCUGGUUCUAAAGCAUCUGCACGCUCGGGGAGUCCACCUGGCUCUACUGUUGCCUACUCGGAUCGUAUGUCCAUGGCAUCAGGAUCUGUAGGCGGUGGCGCACUCGUGUCGGCUUCACAAAGUCAAACAGGCGCAAUUAUUAUACACUUGACCGCCCAACAGUUAGGUGUGAUGGGUAUGGAAGCAUUAGAUACAGUUAUUAAUUAUUGGGAAGAUGCGUUGGCUGCACACAACUCACCAGGCGGUGUGCCCGCUUUGCUAACGACUGCUGAGGAGUCUGAGUUUUGUCGGGAAAUACAGAAUUUGCUAGAUAUGGCCUACACAUUGCAGGAGCAAAGUGAACUACUAUUCUUGGACCAGCGUUCAGUACUGUUUCGUGAUGAGCCAUCUAUAGAUGAAUUAGAAGAAGACGGUAUGGGUCAUGCGCUGGAGAAUGGUAUCGACGAAGAUAAACAUUCGCACAGGUCGAUAAUGAGCCGAACGGGCUCUGAUCCCAAUUUUGAUUCUGCCGAAAGUUUUGCAUCAGCGCUAGAUCAGGUGGCUGAUAUGCGUGAUUUCGAAGAAUUUGUAGAAACAUCUUACGAACAAUAUCCUUUGUACAAUGCCGCCCUAAAACAUCAUGAAGAAACGCCUAUACCCUACCGCACUAUACGGGCGGAUUUGGUGCACUGUUCUAGUGAUACAGAAUAUUUGGUUAAAUUGCAUUGUGUGCGCUUGGCAUUUCAAUAUUUGUUCAAAGACCCCACUAUCGGGCAAUGGGUUUGCGAUACUGGACGUCAAAUACUUACGGAUCUACUAUGCCUAGGCGAUAAGGAUACCAAGGAGUUUCUUGUAGGCUACGAGGAUAUGAUCAACUAUUUGCAGAAUCCCAAUAAUUGGGACGAAAUACAGAAAGAGUUGGAGGCUCGUAAUGUGAAAGCGAUGACUUUUUAUGAUAUCUGUUUGGAUUUCAUUGUGUUGGACUCAUUCCGUGAUUUAGAUGCGCCGCCUGCAAGCGUGACAGCGGUCGUGCAAAACCGAUUUCUUUCAAAUGGAUUUAAAGAAAUGGCUCUAAGUACAGCUGUCUGGUCUGUUCUAAAAGCGAAGCAACAUGGACUCAAAUAUCAGAAUGGCUUUAUGGCUCACUUCUAUAACAUCUCAGAGCAAUUAUCACCACUAAUGGCCUGGGGUUUCUUUGGACCCGAUGAAAAUUUGCGAGAUAUAUGUCAUUAUUUUCGUGACCAGAUGCUCGGGUUCCUGGCGGAUAUUUUUAGUUUUCAAACAAGUCGUUACACAACUGUCGAAGAGUUUGCCGAAGAUAUACUGCAGCAUAUGAAGACACGUGUGAACAAUAUUGGUGCGAAAUUUUGUCAAUAGAAGUGCGAAGCUGUAAUUUAUGUAGUUUAGAAAUUAAUUUUAAAAUUGAGUUUUUUUCACGGCUACUGCAAGCAUAAUGUCAAGCGGAGCUAGGGCAACAAUUUAUUGCAUACAUAAUUUUCCUUUCUCUAUGAAGUAAUUCAUAUUUUUAUUAUUAUUGAACCACUUUUAUUAUUCCACUUGUUAGGGAGCGUAGAUGCUCACUGUGCAUGAAAUGUGCUUAAACAAGAAAAGUGAAGAGCUUCUACCGCCACUUUAGUGUGUUCUUCACUUUUUAGUAUGUAUGUAGUAAGAGCAAAUAUACAUAAAGUAUAUGUAAAGUACUCGCUGAUAUGCUUUCCUUUUUUCUAGGUUGUAGGAAGAAACUUUUGUUAUGAUUAUGUAAUUAAUUUAAAAUUAAUAUGAUACAAAUUGGGACUAUACUAAGUUGAUAUUGGUGAGACGCAAAGAAAAUGUGACUAAGAAAUGUAUUUUAUUUAAUUUGUUAUUCAGAAGAGGCGAACUCGGAAGGAACGGAGUUUGAAUUAGUAUAAAAAAGAUAGACUAAUUGUUGUUAGUGUAGAAAUUGAGCAAAAAAUGCGAGACGUGGCAAAAGGAUCAUAAAAUAUACAUAUUUUUGUUUUUUCUUUAGAAUUAUUAUAUGUUUGCGUAGGUUUGGUGAAUGUUAUAUUUUACUUAAAAUCUAAUAGUGAAAUAAACGUAGAAUAGCCACAAAUAUACGACAAAACGAUACCCAAGUUUGUUAAUGAUUUCCACACGCACUUCGUGUUCAAAUAUUAAAAAAAAAGUAUUGUUACCAAGUAACAAGAGCAUUUAAAUUCUAUGAUUCUUCUGAGCUUUCUGUGUCACAUUUCGAUAUUACCUUUAUUUUAUAUGAAAAAAAUCUUAACAUAGCGAAUAUAUUUCAGUUACAUAUGUAUGUAUAGCUAAUUUGUUUAAAAUAAAUCUUAAAAUUACUUUACACUAA